AUGCAGCACGACGCGUGGAAUGACGACACGAUCGGCGGUGCGUCGGUGUCGGGGAAGCGAUCGCGAUCGAAGCGCAUGGUGCGCGCGAGGAAACGCGCGAGGGCGCUCGAGGCGGCGGCGAAAGCGACGAGGAACGACGAUGACGCUGAUGACGCUGGGCGACGAAACAGCGCGAACGAGGCGACGACGACGACAGAAACGAUCAUGCUUCCGCGGACGUCCGCGCCUUGGUUCUCGCGCACGCUUUCGGUGCACGAGGAGACGUCGUUUGAGACGUACUACAGACGACAGGGCAUAGUGGACGAGGGCGAGUGGAGAGACUUUUUGAGGUACCUUCGAUUGCCUUUACCGGUGACAUUUAGGAUGAACGUUAUGGCGUCGAGACGAGAAGAAGUGCGCGAAGCGCUGAACGUGGCGAAACACUUUCUGCAAAACGCGAGAGAAACGAGGGACGACCGGGGACGGUUGAUACCGCCGCCAACACGCCUGCCGUGGUGUGACGGAUGGCAGCUCGGCGUGGACAAGAUGAGCCUGAAGUUCUCUCGAAAUCCAAUGUUGAGAGAUUUGCAGCGUUGGUUGGUGAAGUGCAACAAUACCGGCGUUCUCACUCGACAGGCGGUGGAUUCCAUGGUUCCCGCGGCAAUUUUACAAGUCGAGCCGCACCAUCGCGUGCUCGACCUUUGCGCAAGUCCUGGAUCGAAAACUACGCAGGCACUUGAGGCACUCAACGUCAAUGGAGAGGAAGGAUCGGCGUCUGGAUGCGUCAUCGCGAACGAUAUUAAUCCGAUGCGAUGUUAUUUCCUAGUACGACGCUGUGCAGCGCUUCGCAACGCCACUGCGAAUUUGAUGGUGACGACGCACCAAGCUCAAUGGUAUCCAAAUAUCAACGUACCUACCACCGAUAAGGCAUUGACUGAACGCGGAGGAAGAUAUCCAGAAGGCUCUUACGAUCGUAUCAUUUGUGAUGUUCCGUGCAGUGGUGACGGAACGCUUAGGAAAAACCCACAGAUUUGGUCCGAAUGGCGCCCCGAAUUCGCCAUGGGCCUUCACAAGCUACAGCUACGCAUUGCGCAGCGUGGCGCGGCACUCCUUAAUGUUGGUGGAUAUAUGGUUUACAGUACGUGCUCAUUCAACCCAGUGGAAAACGAGGCUGUCGUCGCAGAGCUCAUCAAACGGUGCGGUGGAGCGCUAGAAAUUGUCGACGCUUCUGAUCGAAUUCCCGAGUUACUGCGCAGACCGGGAAUAUCGACUUGGAACGUGAUGACCAUGGUCGAAGGGAACGUAGUAGAAUAUCCAAAGUACGAGGAUAGUCAAGCUUCGACCGUGCCCAUUGGAUUGAAGCGAAAGUUUGCGAAAUCGAUGUGGCCGCCGGCGCAGUCGCUGGCGCGAAUGGGCCAUCUCGGAAAACGCAUCAAGUCGACGGCGAUCCCAUUGCAGCACUGCAUGAGGCUCGUACCUCACUUACAAGACAUGGGCGGAUUUUUUGCAGUCUUAUUGAAAAAGGUGGCGCCGAUUCCCGGACCACAGGCGAAGGAGUCGACCGCAGAAAAAGUCGACCGCGCUUAUGAGCGCACGGAACCAAAGCACGUCUACUCAAAAGUUUCGAGCACAUUGGUGAAAAAGUUGGCAAAAGAGUUUGGUCUUGAAGUCUAUCGUGUAUAUCGCUGA